GCUGACAGCGGUAGUGUCUCUGACCAAGCAAGGAACUGCUCAGGGUCGGCCUGGCGGGAUCGCCUGGCCCCUGUGCUGGCACAUUCACCCUCUUUGCACCCCACUUUUUUCGUCUUCCAUAAGUUGUUGCGGAAAUCCUUUGGGAGCGUUUUCUACUUGAAGCCACCUGGUCUGCCCAAGCCCUGAGUCCCCAGGGCAUGUCGCCUGCACGGGACCUGGGAGUUUGAGCAAUUGCAGCCGCGAGAUCGUUUAUGGAGCUUGGGGCGGGGGCCGAGCCCGCGAUUGGACCCGGUGCCCGCCGCCUAGGCCAUGCUGCUCCAUCGGCGUGCGGAGCGGCGGCCGCCGGGCCUCCAGGACUAAGCCGGGAGCCGCGGGAGGAGGAGGCGCCGGCGGUGCAGCGGGACCAAGAGCCGCGGCGGCGGCAGACCCAGUACUAUGGCUGUGUACUGCUAUGCCCUCAAUAGCCUGGUGAUCAUGAACAGCACCAACGAGGUGAAGAGUGGCGGCCCCCGGCCCAGCGGCAGCGAGACACCUCAGCCCUCCGGGAGGGCCGCACUGAGCCCCGGCAGCGUCUUCAGCCCUGGGAGAGGCGCCUCCUUCCUCUUCCCCCCAGCGGAGUCUCUGUCGCUGGAGGAGCCCCCGAGCCCUGGGGGUUGGCGCAGCGGCCGCCGCAGGCUGAAUAGUAGCAGCGGCAGCGGUGGCGGCGGCGGCAGCAGCAGCAGCAGCAGCAGCAGCAGCGGCAGCAGCAGCGGCGGCGGCGGCAGCAGUGGCGUGGGCAGUCCGAGUUGGGCUGGCCGCCUGCGAGGGGACGCGCAGCAGGUGGUGGCGGCCCGCACCCUCUCCCCACCCGGGCCGGAGGAGGCCCAGAGGAAGCUGCGGAUUCUGCAGCGCGAAUUGCAAAAUGUGCAGGUGAACCAGAAAGUGGGCAUGUUCGAGGCGCAAAUCCAGGCACAGAGCUCUGCCAUCCAAGCGCCCCGAAGCCCGCGUUUGGGAAGGGAUCGUUCGCCUUCUCCGUGUCCCUUCCGAAGCAGCAGCCAGCCCCCUGGAAGGGUCUUGGCCCCGUGCUCCCCGAGUGUGGAACGGAGGACAAAGUCCUGGGGAGAGCAAUGUACAGAGACCCCAGACGCCAACUCCGGGAGGAGAAGCAGGCUCAGCCCACACCCCUCGAAGGACAAGGAGGGAGUGGCCCCUCUUUUAGGCCCCUCCAGCCCGACCAGGUUAGGGACUCAGAGUCCAUCUGCUUCAGUGAGGAUGGAGAGUGGCACCCCGGCCAGUCUCCGCUGUGGCUCACCUACAGCCAUGGAAAUUGACAAGAGGGUUGCUCCCUCAUCGGAGCACUUUGGAACUAGCUUAGCAUUGGCCACUAAAGUGGCAGCUUCAGCCGCAUCCGCUGGACCACACCCUGGACAUGAUUCUGCUCUUAUGGAGGCAGCCUACGAGCUCGGGGGCGUGCGCCCCUGGGAGGCCCAGAUGGAGAGACCGGGGCAGUUUCUGGGCAGGGAGACAGGCUCAGACCCAGAGCCUGGCGGGACCCACAUUAGAGAACCCCCUGGGAGGGUGGGGAGAGGAAUUCAUCCUGUUGGUAGGCAGGGUUCCUGGACACCUGAAGUCACCAAAAGGCCAGAAGAGAGGACUGUGAAUGCCCAAAGCUCAGAGGCCUCAGAGGACCCGAGAUCGUCUAGACUGCCAGGAGACCUGGGCUCUCUAGGACUUGAGGAGACAGGAAGUAGGAUCCCAGGGAUCCGAGGACCCGAGCAGACCCUGGACAUUGUGAGAGAAGGGUCUCCAGCACUGGGCUUGCUUGGGGGCAGCCAGGCAGCACAUCCAGGGACCAGAAAUGUGGAGGCAGGAACCCUUUGUGGUAGAAUGCUGGAGCCUUUACCACCUGGGGAAGUGGCAACAGAUUUGAAAGAACCCCAGUGCCUCCCUGGGGGCAGGAUGGGUAUGCAGCCUGGGAGUUCCAGGGUUUGGCUGAGUGCCAUGGAGGAAGGUCCCCUGAUCUGGACGCGUGACACGGGGGUACAGUUGAUGGAAACGUGGGGAAGCCAGCUGCAGGACAGAGAUGCUCACCCUAGCUGCCCAGAGAUGCCCCCAGACCAGAAGGACAAGGCCUGUAGCCCCAGCAGCAUCCCGGCAGUCAUCAUCACAGACAUGGGUGCUCAGGAGGAUGGGGCCUUAGAUGAGAUACAAGGAAGCCCUCGGGGUCCCCUGCCUCUGAGGAAGCUGUCAUCCUCCUCCGCCUCCUCCACUGGCUUCUCCUCUUCCUAUGAGGACUCAGAGGAGGACAUCUCCAGUGACCCUGAGCGGACGCUGGACCCCAACUCAGCCUUUUUGCAUACCCUGGACCAGCAGAAGCCCAGAGUGAGCAAGUCAUGGAGGAAGAUAAAGAACAUGGUGCAGUGGUCCCCCUUUGUCAUGUCCUUCAAGAAGAAGUACCCCUGGAUCCAGCUGGCAGGACAUGCAGGGAGCUUCAAGGCAGCUGCCAAUGGCCGCAUCCUAAAGAAGCACUGUGAAUCUGAGCAGCGCUGCCUGGACCGGCUGAUGGCUGAUGUGCUGAGACCCUUCGUGCCAGCCUACCAUGGGGACGUGGUGAAGGAUGGGGAACGCUACAACCAGAUGGAUGACCUGCUGGCUGACUUUGAUUCGCCCUGCGUGAUGGACUGCAAGAUGGGCAUCAGGACAUACCUGGAGGAAGAACUCACCAAGGCCCGGAAGAAGCCGAGCUUGCGGAAGGACAUGUACCAGAAGAUGGUUGAGGUGGACCCCGAGGCCCCCACUGAGGAGGAGAAAGCCCAGCGUGCUGUGACCAAGCCGCGUUACAUGCAGUGGCGAGAAACUAUCAGUUCCACGGCUACCCUGGGCUUCAGGAUCGAGGGCAUUAAGAAGGAAGAUGGCUCUGUGAACCGUGACUUCAAGAAGACCAAAACAAGAGAGCAGGUCACCGAGGCCUUCCGAGAAUUCACUAAAGGAAACCAGAACAUCCUGAUCGCCUACCGGGACCGGCUGAAGGCCAUUCGAGAAACCCUGGAAGUCUCUCCCUUCUUCAAGUGCCAUGAGGUCAUUGGCAGCUCACUCCUCUUCAUCCAUGACAAGAAGGAGCAAGCCAAGGUGUGGAUGAUCGACUUUGGGAAAACCACACCCCUCCCGGAAGGCCAGACCCUCCAACAUGACAUCCCCUGGCAGGAGGGGAACCGGGAGGAUGGCUACCUCUCAGGGCUGAACAACCUCAUCGACAUCCUGACAGAAAUGUCCCAGGGUAGCCCACUCACCUGAGGCCCCCACCACCUUGCCUACCCAUGCUGCCUUGCGUGCUGCCUCUGCCUCUCCCGUCCUCCUAAUUCUUCCUUCGUUCCUCUCUGAGCGCCCACCUAGAACAGAGCCUCCCAUCUGCACUACAGGACACUUUGGAGAAGAAAAGAGAUUUUCUAGGUCUUUUUUUUUUUUUCCUUCCCACACAAGGGCCUGGAGGUGGCGUUUCUAAUUCUCUCUAAAUAGAACUACCUUCUGGAAGAGAAUUACCCAAAGCUAGGCCCCACAUCCUGUGCAGUCCGUUGUACUUAGAGCUGGCGUGGGUCUAAGAGGCCAUGGGCUCUCUGGCUGCUGAGGGUCUUGAGAGAUUGAGCCUCCCUCUGGAAGACCCCCUCGAUAAGUUCAGGCCCAGACUGGCUACCUGUGGAACCCUUCUGCCCCCUGGUGGCUGGUGCCAUCAGUAUACACAGCCCCAUGGGUGCCUCCCACCAUGGGCCCCCUGAAGCCAGGCCAGGGUCCUGAUUUCUGGGAGUAAGGGAACACAACCUCUGGAGAUCUGCAUGUGACUUGUGAGCAAAGAAUCCUCCAGUGAGGGGUCCCAGCUUUCAGGAACACUGUGUGGCUUUUCUAGAGUUGCUAAAUCAGGACCCCACCCCGCUUGCAUUAAGCUCUUGGGAUUCAGGCCAGGCUAGGAGCCGGGAGUAUGGGGAGCAGCUUGACUGUUUCUAAAGAACUUUGCUCUUCCGUCUGGGACCACUGCCCGUGAAUUCAGAGGGGUCAUUCUGCAAAGCUGAGCUCCAGGGAUAAAACCACCUCCUAGAGCCACUGCUUAAUGCUCUAGAUCGGCCCUGCUACGGAAAAGUCCAGAGCUGGGUAGAAUACUCAAGGCCCACACCCGCCUCCAGGGAUUGGCAACAGCUUGGGAGCCCGCCACACCUGGGAACAGAGACGACUCUCAUACCUUCAAAUCCCUGGUAGUCAGGCACCCCUACCUCCGGACCCCAAGUCCCUCCAUGGGGGAACCUCUAACACUCUGGGCUGUACCAGGCCUUGGGGAAGCAGGAUCUGGGCUUCCUGCAGUGAUUUCUAAAUUUCCCUUGAAGUCCCUUGCUCUUCCAACUUGAAGGGCUUAGACCAAUGUUUCUCUGUGUCAUGUAGGUAGUUUCCAGAGUUCAUAGGGGUGCCCAGGGCUGUCCCAAGCCUUCUCCUUCCUGGAGUCCUGAGCUGCUUGAAGGCCCAUGGGGGGCGCGAGGUGGGACCAUUGUUAAUCAACACGUCAACUGUGAGGCAAGUGACCUGAUUGAAAAGAGUGUACGGCUUGUGUGACUUUUAAAAGACCAAACUCCAGCUCUGCUGCCGUUUGGAGCUGUCCUCUGCUCCUCUGGGCUUGUCACCGCCUCUUUUACUGAGAGACCCUGGAUCACAUGUACAGGUGCUCUUCUGGGUCCCAGGCCAGCAGGCACUGCUUGGGGACAUGACUGGGAAAUGGGGUAGAUCAAUGUGGACACACCUGUCAAGAUAGCUUCGGGCAGGGGUGGUCGUCUGGGCCGCCUACCCCAGCUCCCUGGGGUUCUAGAAGAACUGUUGGCCCAUGUGACACAUGUGUUUCCCCUUUCAUGCUGGUGGGUGAGUGACAGUUGGUGGGGGCGGGAGGUGGGACCCACGAGGAUGUAUAAGUACAGAUUUUAAAAAAGGAACCCAUUUAAACUUCCUGGCUCCUAUUCAGAUGGGGUGAGCUCCUGUGUGGGCUGACUUUCUAAAGGUCACACCCCCACCCCCACCCCGCACCCCCAUCAGUGAGCCCAGACCUUGUGACUGCACAUGAUUGGGAAGACAGGCAGCCUGGAGUGGGGGAGGGGAGGGCAGUAGCAACCGGGCAGCAAGCUCUGGGACUCUGCAGCUGUAGUUGCCCCCGGGGGCUUAAGGGGACCCUGAGGUCUGUACAUGCUGGGAAGGGGCAUCAUUAAUUCCAAGAGACUGUAGCUAUGAUCUGGCCAAAACUCCCCUCCUGCUAUCUCAGAAAAAUGUUUGCUAAAGCAAACUAUGCUAUGAACAAAAAUGCCGGGAACCAGUUUAACGUAUGUAAGAGAACAUAGUUCACCGAGCACUUUAAGAAGGAGUCACUUGUCAACAAUAACGUGCUCAGGUACUGUGACUGGCUGCCGGUCAGCAAGAGCUUAGGACAGUCCUGGACAGCGCUUAGCGCUGAAUUGUAAAGUAGCGUGGAAAGGCCUCUCUCUAGGGUUAUUCUGUUACCAAGGGUGUUUUGCUUCGUUGGGUUUUUGUGUUUACCAUGCUAGCACCCACACUGUGUCUCCCAAACCAUCCUCCCCCUUCCUUCUUGCCAGAGGCCCUUCCUUCCUGCCCCCCUGGAAUGGAGAGAGCGCAGAUGGAAUUUCCCAGAACCUCUAGCAGUCUGGUAAACCACGUUCACAGUCCUGGUGGAGACCCCCAAGGUCCUGGCUACGCAGGUGCUGGGACACAGGACAGGCUACAUGCACCAAUGUACAGAUGUGGGUCCACGGAGCCCUCCCGCUCUUGGGCCACCAGAUUUCUUGGUGGUCAGCCCUGCUUUGCACACUCCGAAGGUUUUGCUUCUGCCAAUUUCCCCAGACUAGACUUUAGUGCCCUUUAAGAAGUGUGUGUAAGUUAUAUUUAUUUUGUUUUUGUUUUAAUUGCACAAAACACUAAGAUGAAAGGCUGGGCUGCUCCUCCUAAGUUCUGCCUGCCUUCAGGGGGCCUUUCCUUCAUGUCUGUGGGAGCCCUCGGCAGCUGUGGCCUCAACGACGCUGUUCACCCCUGGCUGGCUGUAUCUAGCUUCGAGACCGCCUGUGUUCUGCCAACCCUGUGUGUAUAGGCCCCACCCCCUGCUCCAGGGUGCUCACCCAUCAGUGCCUUUUUGGGGAGGAGAGGGCCCUUCCUGCACCCUGACUGGCUGUCCUCUGUAUUACUCUCCCCUCAGGACUGUUACAUCCCUUGCCCAGUGCCCAUCAGUCAACUGUAGAUGCUCUCCCCCUUCCCAAUAAAGGCCUUGGAGACCAUUA